AUGAAUGUCCUUAUCUCCUGCCCUUUUCCAAGCAGCAGAAUAAAGCUUUUGCUUAGAGGCCGAGCCUUGCACCUUCACAGGCCGAGCCCUUGGACCUCGGUCGUGCAGUGUCGUGAUGUGCUUCUCUACGGCGUGGACGUGGUGCAGAGGAGCGCGGCCUUCGACCCGCCGCUGCACCGCUUCCUGGUGCUGCUGGCGAAGCUGCUGGCAGGCCGGCCGCUCACAGUGGUGGCGGUGGGCGGCUCCAUCUCCGCCGCGGGGCACCUGCCGGGCGGCGUCAUGCACGGCACUGGCACGUAUGGCCAGGCCCUUGUGGACUGGCUGCAGCAGGUGUUCCCCACACCACCCUCAGCCCCUCCGCACCGUCUCAUCCGGGCCUUCCUACCCGGGGCGGGCUCAUACGUGCUGCACUUCUGCACGGGGGAGCUGCUGGGGGCGCUGUGGGCGGACGGGGAGGAGCAGCGGCGCGCAGCGGGCGAGGCGGACGUGGUGCUGCUGGAGUGCGCCGCCAAUGAUUGGUCCGUGCUGCAGCCCGGCAUGGUGCCGCCAGCAGAGGGCACGCAGUACGCAGCAGCAGAGGGUCUACUACGCCAGUUCCUACUGCUGCCAUCACACCCACUAGUGCUCUUCCUCAACUUCGGGGUCUUCCAUCCCCACGAUCCGCUGCUCUCUGCCUUCCACCACUCAGCCGAGGCCCUGCUCAACCACCUCUCAGCCUACUACAGCGUCCCCGCUGUCAGCCCCUGGCGGGCCUACUUCCCCCUCGUCGCCACCGCAGCGUCCCCAUCCUGCCCAGCCCCACCCGACCCUUCCUCCGAGCCUGCCGCCAAGCCUGGCGUGCUGGCCCCGCCAUCGUCCGAGCGUGCGGGGAACCUGACGUGGGCGCACAUGUUUGUGGACCGCGUGCAUCCCUCUGCAGCCGGCCACGGCAUGGCAGGCAGCCUGGCGGCCCACCGCCUCUUCUCCCUCGCCCUGCACUACCUGCGCCGUGAGGGCCUCACCCUCUCCCACCACCACCUGCGUCUUGACUGGGUGGACAGCAAGGCGGCGCCCUCUACUCAGUCCGCGCUGCUCUGCCCGCCCAACUCCCUCUGCCGCAAGUGCUUUGGUGAGCUGGGCUUCUCAGCCCUCGGCCCGCCGCUCUCGGCGCCGUGCAUGCUGCCGCCGUUGCAGAGCGCAGCAGACCCGCACCCGCGCUGCGUGCUCGGCAACACCUGGAACGUCACGGCCGUGGGCAAUGUGGAGUUUCCUGAGGGGUAUACAGCUGUUAAAGAGGCUGCUUCUAAAGGGGAUGCGGCGAGUGUGAAGAGGAUUGCGGAGGCGAAUGCGUCAUGGGUGCAGGAGGCGUGUGGACCGCUGGUGCCUCAGAUCCUGUGCUGGAAGGCCCAGGCUGCCCGUUCUCCUCUGCGUGUGGCUGUGGAUGUGCGGGGGGCUACACGGGGAAUCGGCGUGGUGUACAAGAUGCUGGACUGGACGAAGCAGGAGCACAAGAUGGACGGUGCAGAUGUGCAGGCGCCACCACAAAGAGAGGACGUGCCCUUCUCCCUCCUCUUCUCCCUGGGAGUUCCCCCGUUCCAUAAGCUUCUGAACCGCUCGGAAGUUGAGCUGAUUCAAAACGGCUGCGGAUCUGUGACAGCGGCAGGUGAGGUAUGUGGGUCAACGUUCCAUGACACGCGCUUGCCGGGUGUUGGCGAUGCUGCCGUGGUGCUGGCAGAUUUCAAGAUGGACCGGUGCGCACAAGGGGAGGCAAAUCUUGGAGAAACCGCGGUGGUGCUGGCUGAUUUGAAGGUGGAGGGGCGAGCACAGGGGGCGUUGAAUCUUGGAGAGGAAGCGGUGGAGGCGGCACUACCUCCUGAUUGUAAGCUGGAAUGGCGAGCAGAGGGGGAUGGAGGUGCGGUGGUGGGGCAGGUGCGAGCCGCCAUGGUGUUUCUCGGGCAGGUGCGAGCCGCCAUGGUGUUUCUCGGGCAGGUGCGAGCCGCCGUGGUGUUUCUCGGGCAGGUGCGAGCCGCCAUGGUGUUUCUCGGGCAGGUGCGAGCCGCCAUGGUGUUUCUCGGGCAGGUGCGAGCCGCCAUGGUGUUUCUCGGGCAGGUGCGAGCCGCCAUGGUGUUUCUCGGGCACGUGCGAGCUGCCACGGGGGCGAUUCCCAAGGCGCUUGAGAGCAGGGCGGCGCAGAGUGGGGCAGAGGAUUCGCCACGUGCUGUGCGCAUGCAGCACUGCUUGCACCGCUUCCCUCGCCACCUCCCUCUGCUCUGCUGCUUCCUCCGUCUCCUCUGCCUCUCCGGCUUGCAUUGCUGCUUGCUCCACUUGCUCCUUCUCACCUGCUUCCCUUGCACUCUUACCCAAUUCUUCCUCUGCUUCCUCCACUCCUCUCUUCUCGCGUUCAAUCGUUGA